AUGCGAGGCACUGCGGCGUCCCUGAGCAGCCUCCUCCUUCGACCACCACGAUAUCCGAUCCACAAGGCGCCCAGCCUCACUUCUCCCGCACAUAGACCCAUCAGAAGCCUGUACACCAUGCAGUUCAACGCCUCCAACUCAGAGCUGGGAUACCCAGACCGCACAUUCCGAACCGAGCUUCUUCCCUGCGAGUCCGACUCCACGGUUUCAUUUCAAGAAGCCGGUCCUUCACGGUACACCCUCAACGCCGAGCCCUACACCAAAGCGCUUCCGGUCAUCUCCUCCUCCACCACUCGCAACAGCCUAUCUAUUGCUGCCGAACACCUUCGAUCCGGCCAACUCGUCUCCUUCCCCUCCGAGACGGUCUACGGUCUCGGCGCAAAUGCACUCUCGCAAUCGGCAGCAUCCAAGAUCUACGCAGCAAAGAAACGCCCCGCCGACAAUCCACUCAUCGUGCACGUCUCCGACCUCGAGAUGCUGGACACGCUGCUGCCGCAGCAGUAUACGAUGAGCGAAGCGUACCGAGAGUUGAUCAAGGCGUUCUGGCCGGGAGCGUUGACGCUGCUGUUUCCGGUGGAUCUGGAGAGGCCGGCGGUACCGAAGGUGGUGACGUGCGGACAUGCGAGUGUGGCGGUGAGGAUGCCGUCGCAUCCGAUCGCACGUGCGUUGAUUGCGAGUGCGGGGUUGCCGAUGGCGGGACCGAGCGCAAAUGCUUCGGGCAGACCGUCACCGACGACGGCGGCGCAUGUGAUGCGCGAUUUGGGCGGUCAGCUCGACGCCGAAUCCGUCGUUGGUGGGUGCGAUGGGGAGAAGGGAAGAUUGAAGUACAUCUUGGACGGAGGUGCAUGUCAGGUCGGAGUGGAGAGUACGGUGAUAGAUGGGAUCACGGCGAAGGAUGAGAUCCGCGUGCUCAGACCGGGAGGUGUCACGGUGGAACAGAUCGCCGCGGUGCUCGACAAGACCGGCUUGGCGAACAAGGUGAGACUGCGAGUCUACGGAAAGGACAUGGAGCGAAGUGCAGAUCAAGAGAGCAAUCCUACCACACCGGGGAUGAAGUAUAGGCACUACAGUCCCACUGCGAGGGUGGUCAUGCUUCUGCCGGCGAAGCUCUUCGCUCGUGCUGUAGAAUCUUCGAGCAACAAAAGCGCUCCAGCGCCACGGGCAGGCUCUUCUUCUUCUUCAGAGAAGGUCGUUCAGUCGCUCGUCAGUAGAGACACCGACACCUCAAGGACCCCACAAACCUUUGCCGACAUUGCCAGAGAUCAGAUCUCCAACCAUCUCCCACGCGAUCGCCCCUCUUCCAAGUCGUCGACACUACACAUCGGACUCAUGAUGUCUUCCGACUCCGAUGUCGCCCGCCUCAUCUCUGCCUCCUCCCCGUCCUCCUCUUCCGAGACCACACCAUCAUCGUCUCGGAGCAUCCACCCGCAUCUCCUCCCACCCUUCACAUUACCCCAGCUCGACCACGUGGUCAUCCACGCCUUCGAUCUGGGACCUAGCCGUUCCGCCGAGGUGUACGCACAACGGAUGUUCGACGGCCUACGAACGCUGGACGAAGGACCGUUGCGCGGUGGAGGAGACAAGUGCGAGCUGAUCUUUGUCGAGGCGCUGGACGAUGCGGGUGUGGGACUGGCGGUGAUGAAUCGGUUGAAGAAGGCGGCGAGUGCAACGGUUGUGUUGGAUUGUUAA